UUGUCAACAUGACAAUAACUGUAAACUUAUUGUGAACUGUUGUAUUUUAAACAAUAAAGGAUGCAAAAUGAAAUCUAUUAAAUGCGGAAUUAAAUAAAAUUAAUGAAUAUCUUGGACUAUUUUAAUGAACAAUGAUAAUUAAUCUUAAUCUAUUGAUAUUUACCAAUUUAAUAUCUUUGAGGACAUGUACCAUUUUUCCCUACGUCUAUCCCCGUUUGAAGCUAGAGGCAAAGACUCCAGACGUUGCGGGCGAAGCGCUUUUUCUGACGCCUCACUUAGAAGAGGGAAAUAUCACACGAGCUCAAAACUUAUCGAGAGUUCCGUUCACUGAAAAAUUGGGAUUCAAAAGUUACUCAGGUUUUUUUACUGUGAACAAAAUUUCCAGAUCCAACUUGUACUUUUGGUAUUUCCCGCCAUUUUCAAAGACCGAAGAGAGUCCUGUUGUUUUAUGGCUGCAAGGUGGUCCGGGUGCGAGUUCGUUGUUCGGUCUUUUUACCGAAAUAGGUCCGCUUGUUGCUAAAUCAGGUGGUUUCGGUUUGCGAAGAUAUCACUGGGCGUUACAUUACCAUUUAUUAUUCAUCGACAACCCAGUGGGCACCGGCUUCAGCUUUACAGAACAAAAGGCAGGAUAUUGUAAAACCGAGGAGUGUAUAGCUGAAAAUCUUUUCAAAGCUUUGCAACAGUUUUUUGUGAUGUUUCCCAAUUUGAAGAGCAACGAGUUGUACAUCGCCGGUGAAUCUUAUGCAGGCAAAUAUACAGUGUCCUUAGCUAUGUAUAUUCAUCGUAAAAACAGUGAAACUAACGACGUGCAAGUAAAUUUGCAAGGUUUAGCUCUCGGCAACGCUUACUGUGAUCCCGUUAAUCAGAUGGAUUACGGUAACUAUUUAUAUCAGCACGGUUUAUUAGACAAUGACCAGCGUAAAGUGUUCUUGCAUGUACAAAAUAGGAUUGCCGAGAAAAUAAAACAGAAAAAUUGGGCACAAGCAGAUUUAUUGAUGGACAAGUUGAUGGAUGGUGGAUUAACGAACACGUCGUUUUUCAAAAUGUAUACAGGAUUUAAUUAUUUUUACAAUUUCAUGAAGACUGAAGACGAUGAUGAGAUAACUAUAUUUAGUAAAUUGAUUCACAAUGAUAAAGUACGACGUAUGAUUCAUGUCGGCGGGCGUCCGUUCAACUCCGGUGAGGAAGUUCAGAUGUAUUUGGCAUACGAUUUGUUAAAAUCUGUCGCACCUACGAUCGAGCAGUUGUUAUUGAAUUAUAGGAUAAUGUUUUAUAACGGUCAAUUGGAUAUAAUCGUUGCGUAUCCUUUGACAGUAAGUUUUUUGAGAAAAUUAAAAUAUCCUUCGGCGUUUGAAUAUAAGCAUGGUUCCCGUUUGAUAUGGUUUGUGGAUGAAGAAAUAGCGGGUUAUGUGAAGAAAGCUGGAAACUUGAUGGAAGUGAUGGUUCGUAACGCGGGUCAUAUGGUACCACACGACCAGCCUAAAUGGGCUCUUAAUAUGAUCAUGAGAUUUAUACAGGGAACUUUUUAAUUUUGUAAUAUAUAAUAAAUGCUAUAUUAUCAUUAUUCAAUAACUUUAUUUUAUUCGUUCAUUUAUUUCAUUGAUUAUAAAGUACCAAAAAUUGCAAAAACAGA